CAGUUUGUGGGGCUGUAGCGCUGCACUUUCUUUGUUCCUCCACUCAGAAUCUCUCCCCCUCUCACUUUCUACUCCGCAGUGUCUCUCUCCCCCUCUCUCUCUAUACUCUCCUUUACUUCCAUUACAGUAUUACACCGGUCUGGAUGAUUGCAGAGACAGCAACAUGGCUGUGAAUCUCGGCAAGAACAGACUGGCCCUUCUAACAGCCUACCAGGAUGUUAUCAACGAGACCUCGUCCACUGACUGGGCCUUGUUCUCAUAUGAGGGCAACAGCAAUGAUUUGACCCUGGCAUCAUCAGGAGCUGGAGGUCUACCAGAGAUCACAGUGACCUUCGAUAAUGGCCGGGUCAUGUACGGCUUCUGCAGCCUGAAGGAGCCCACGGCCGCACUGCCGCGCUACGUCCUCAUCAAUUGGGUUGGUGAGGAUGUGCCUGAUGCCAGGAAGUGUCAGUGUGCCAGCCAUGUGGCUAACAUUGCAGAGUUUUUCCAGGGAGUCAACGUCAUCAUCAACGCCAGCACCAUGGAGGACAUCGAACCAUCUGCCAUUGGACAGAGACUGACAAAUGGGAUGGCUUCGGUGGCCAGCCCCGUCCUCAGCCGGCUGAGAACCAGAGAGGAGGAGAAUGGAGAGGAUGGAGUGGGCACCGUGUACACCAAAACCAACGCAGAGAUUGAGAUGAAGAAGAUCAAUAGAGAGGAAUUCUGGGAACAAGCCAAGCGUGAGGAAGAGUUGAGAAAGGAGGAGGAGAGGAAGAAGGUUGCGGAGGAGAGGCAACGCUUCGAGGAGGAGAGGAUGGAGCUGGAAAGGAAAGAGCAGGAGGAUAGAGAGAAGAGGUACCGCGAGAGGGAGAGGCAGAUCGAGGAACACAGAAAGAAGAUACAGGAGGAAGAGGAGGCCAAAGAGAGGACACGGAACCAGCCCCUCAAAGCCGUUUGGACAGCCCGUUACCAGGCCGUUUGGACAGCCCGUUUUUGAAGCAGCAGCACAGUCCCAGCGAGCCCAGUCCGCCCCCCCUCCGCACCCCACCUCACGCGAGGCUGCAGUCCACUGCACCCGAUGGCGAUGAUGAAGGGAGCUUAGAUCACAGUAUGGGAACGUCCUCAACGCCAAUCCCCAAAAUAGUCACCACACCCAUCCAGGAGGCGGAGGAUGACAGCCGGAAUGAGUGGGGUGAGCCCAAGCAACAGCCAGGCCCAGUCCAGGACUCCACCCACACCAAGCCCAUUCAGAGCGUGGCACCCCAGACCCGCACAGACUCCAAACCCCCAUCUUCUACCCCGGACGACUAUGACCCUUUCUCCGGCUUCAGGCCCCUGCCUGCCCCCACCGCCGCAGACCCCCUGGUGGAGAUAUGGGACAGCAGCCCUGCAACCGGCAUCGCCCCCUCUCAGGCCCCACACCCUGGAGGGCAACCCCAGCCCCUGCUGAGCUUUGACGAGAUGGGGGAUGUACCAUUCUGCCCGGGGGGUCCUGAGGGGGUCGAGGAAGAGCCCUCCAGCCUAGUGGAUGUGGCCGGGACCCACGAUAUGACCCUGAGCUACCAGCAAGCACUGCAGCACGCUUCAGAUGAUACUCAGCUGAUGACCAACGGGGAGACCCUGCUCAAAGAAGGGACUCAGGCGAACGAGGGUUACUUCAGCCAAUCGCAGGAGGAGGAGAAAUGCUCUGCUAAAAUGACCCCAACAUCAGUGUUUUAUAACAAGCCACCAGAGAUUGACAUCACAUGCUGGGACACAGACCCUGUAAUGGAAGACAGCGACUAGACCAUGGCGAAGUAGUCCGGUCCGGCGGUGGAAAGCAGAAACAACGCAUCAUCAACAACCAAACAGACUUUUUUUUAAAGUAAUAAUAACAACAACAAGUCUUGCAUAAAAAAAAUCGGUAUAAUAUUCUAGAAGGGGAAAAAACUGAUGUUAGCCACAUGAAAAGGUUUUUGAGUUAUUGUUAAAGAUGCUAAUGCGUUAAUAAUGAGCUCUUGGUUUUGUGUUUUUUUCUUUUUCUUUGAUUUCUCCUUUUUUUGCUAUGCAGAGUAAAUAGUGGGGAGUGGGGAAUACUUUCUUGAGAAUGUAUGUGUCUUCUACAGCAGACUAAACACCCUGUACCAGACAGGUAGCCUAUUAGAAUGUAUAGCAACCCUCCCCCUCCGUUCUCCCUCGUUCUGGGUAGCUACAGUAGUUGGGGAUCAGAGAGGAGUGGUGCCUAGUGUAAUCCUGUAGUCUUUGAUGUUUCAGUUUGGCCAUGGGGCAAUGGGAGGGUGGGGGCAGAUAAAGGCGUGGCGAACAUCAGACUACAGGCUGGGAUAGCAGUACCAUUGUACUACCCCAUAGUAAAACCCUGAUACAUUCAAGGGAGGUAUAACGAAAUACUUGUUUUGUGCUGUACCAAGUCACUUUGAAAAGGAAUAUCUAUUGUAGUUUGUUAUCGUUGUGUUGGUUGGCAUCUCUCCCAGCAGAAAAUCUGACAUGGGGAAAAUAAGUAUGAUUUUUCUACCUAUUAGAAGUGUUCUAUAAAUUGACAUUCAGGAUCUUUGAAUCAUGGCAAUAGCGGUAGUCUCUUGUUUUGUCUAGGCAAUGACUGUAUCUAGAGCACUCAGAUGGGAAUGAGGACGUUCAUCACACAUUGUGGCACUAUGAACGGAACAGUGUGUCUUCUAGAGCUGCUGCAGUAGUCUCUGCUUUGUAACACUACACCUUCUUUGCAGUAAAUGACACAAAUGCACCCUUUUGCUUUCCAUGUGUAUUUAUUUCCCUUGUCCUUCUUUUAAAAUUAUGUAGUUCACAUGCACGUCCCUAGAUGGCCUCAGCACCGUUUUGUAUACUAUUGUAAUUCUAUUGUUGGACUACCUCUGUGUUGUUUUUGCACAGAUAUCAUUCUCUCACCCAGUUAUCUCGUUUCUGAUUUCACUGUUAACAGUCUAAAUGAGAACCAUUCCGGUGGAUUAGUUUUGCCAGGUGCUCUUCUAAAUGCUUUUGAUCAUCAAGCCUGGUUUUAAACGGUAUUAUUGCUCUAAUGUUUAGAAACAGGUUCUAGCUUCUUGAUGCAUCCCUCUCCACAUGGCUUAUAGACCAGUCUUCCAUUAUUUCAUCUACAGGAGGUUUCUUAUCAUUACUUUUCAAGGUUAUAGUUUCAUUCCUGAGAUGCCACUCCUUAGAUCUGAUUCUAUAUUCUUACCCAUAGAUAUAGAACACUUCUAUAGCAGCUAUAUGUUGUUAUAGCUAUGUGCUCUUACCACAGAAUUCUGAGUGGGAACCAACAAGCAAUAAGAAAAUUAACCAAUCUAGUAUUUUGUCCUGUAAAUAGCGUUUGUUUUUUAGAAAUACACAACUACAACUAAUGAACGUCUAACACUUUGUCAUUGUGGCCCUUAUGAUUAUGACACUUUGAAUUUAGGCUUGUUGUGGGAUUGAAUGAGAUGUUUAAAUAAAGUUUCUUUGAAGCGAAAUGUGAUUCCAUAUCCCUACCAGCCUUUUUCUGUAUAUGAGAAUCAAAGAAUGCUUAGUAAGAGCCGACCAACCUGCAUCUUUAGCAAUAACUGACACCCUUUCUACAUGAUUUCAAUGUAUACUUCUUCACCCUGAUAACCUCCUGGGUAGUAAUUAUUAUUCUCUCCCGAUCACACUACUAGGAGACUACUACUACUACUCUACUACUACUACCCCUCUUUGCCCCAAAGCAAGGCUUAGCUGUUCCUUGUCUUAUCUCUCUUUUCAUUUAAAAUAUAUUUUAUUUAUCUUCCCUCUUUUCCAUCCGCUUCUCACACGCUCUGUUUUUUAAAUAAGCACAAGAUCUUUUGUGACAUGCUAAGUGCUGAUGUAUGUUAAUAAAAGACUUAAAAACCUCCAAA